GAAGUCUAUGUCGCUAGCUUUGCACUACUGGUUGCUUUGCUCACCGGACAGUUCGUGACUGUUACACACCAUGCUUGACCCAGUGGAAAAUGGCCUGUCUGACUAUGGUGGCAUAGAGGAGGAUGAAACUUUCCCUCCCCUUCCUCCACCUCACUCCCCAGGCCAGGGAGGACAAGAGGAGGGAGACCCUUUUGCAAAUGGGGAGGAAGAAGGUGACGUUUCCAAGCUGGCUGAGGUCCCUGCUGCUAAAAGGAAAGGAGUGAGGAGGCCACAACCCAAGUUGGACUCUCAGAGGCUAAUCUCAGAAAGAGGACUUCCAGCUCUGCGAACACUGUUUGACAAUGUCCAUUAUAAAGGCAAAGGACAUGAGGCUGCAGACCUGCGGCUGCUGAUGCAGAAGAUGGAGAACUGGGCCCACAGGUUGUACCCCAAACUGCAGUUUGAAGACUUUAUUGACAAAGUGGAGAAGCUCGGCAACAAGAAGGAAGUGCAGACCUGUCUCAAACGGAUACGACUGGACAUGCCACUGACAGAUGAGGAUUUUAUGGGGAAAGAUGGUGAAGAAGGGACAGCACCUGAGUUGCAAGUAUUCGGAGAUCCUGAUCCAUUCAGUGGCAUGAGCUUCUCUGAUGACGUACAAAGGCCAGACCACUCUACCCCAGCUCGAGCCACCCCACCUGCUCCCUCCCCAGCUGCCCCCUCCCUUACCGAGGAGCAGCGCAGACGCAUGGAGCUGAACAGACAGCGAGCCAUGGAGAGGAGGCUCGCCCGCCAGCAGCAGCAAACAGAUCUGUCAGACUCUCAGACUGUUGACACACCCACAUCAGGAGAGGAACCCACACCUGUCUCUUCUGCAAAUAUCCUCAACAAUUCUGACGAUCGGGGUGAGGAGGUGGAGCAUUUAGACCUGGAGCCGGUCGGCGGCAGCAGCUCUCAACAAUCAGGCCAGCUGCCAAAAAAAGACUCUGAGCCUUCAGCUGAAUCCAGUCAGCGUGAGGAAGAAGAAGAGACCAGCCGCGACCCUGACCACCAACCCAGCGACAGGUGUGAGGACGGAGACUGAUGUUCAAGGGCAGCACACUCUCUUUGUGGUUAGGAGUGUCGUCUGUGUGGCUGAAGCUGUGGCAAUUAGCUUUGUGUGAGUGUGUGAAUGUGUGAGAGAGUUCUUUGUAGUUUGUAAAGAGCCAAACCAAUGUGUUCCCGUCACAGCUGCCCAUUUGUGGGUAAAGCUGAACAUGAAAGACCUGUUCAGUUUUAUAUCUGAAAUAUAUAAUUAAACUCUGAUUACACUGUUUUGAGUUUUGAAGUGUGCAUGUAAGUAUAAGUUUCCAGUGUUAACAUGCUGAUCAUUCCAUUAACAUUAGCUUUUUCUUUUACCCGUUGAAAACUGUAAAAAAUGUCCAUCAGAGCUUCCUUAAACCCAACUUGAAAUCGUUAUGUCCAGAUCCCAAAGAUAUUCAGUUUACUAUCCCUUUUCUCUCCAGGAUUCAGCAUUGGCAGAAUUGUGAAAAUUUGCCAAGUUUGUCGAUGUCCACUGACCGAUAAUUUCAUUAAUUAAAACAGGGUCUAACUAGAUGCCUAAAUCAUAAGGGUCAUGUUAGGUUGCUGCCUCGUUAAUGGAUGUGAUUGCUGUUGUUCAUUUAGUAACGAAAUCAGCGCAGUGUGAACGGUCUUUGGAGUAACAUGUUAAAACUUUCUUGGUUUGUCACUUGUGGAGCUUAAACUGA